GCAACUGUCACUUUUCUAUCGACGAUUCGACAAUACGUGGAGGGUGAACGGCGAAAGAUUCCAAUUUUAAACUCAUUAGGUCAAUAGUUUUAAGUUAAAACUCACUUCAAAAGACUGCAAAAUGGUCACAAAAUAUUUAUUAACGAUUUUCGCCCUGGCUAUUAGUGGUUCCUUAGGAGAUAGCUGUCAGAAUCCUAAAGUAGAAGCUGCGUAUUUCACAUCUUUAGAUGCCACCGUGGUCACACAAAUAGCAUACAUAACUGAAUUUACACUAAAAUGUGAUAACCCUUUGCCUGAAAAUUACGCGCUAUACGCAGAGGUUGAGGGAAAACCAUUGACCGCAGCGCGCAUCGGAGAAAAUAAAUACCAGGUGUCAUGGACCGAAGAGCCAUCAAAGGCUCGUUCUGGUGUUCAUGAAAUCCACGUCAUGGAUGAGGAGGGUUGGGCAUCUCUCCGCAGGGCUCGCCGCUCUGACCCUGCUGCCGCUGUGGCACCCCUCCUGGCUAUUCAAUUACAGCACCCUGGAAGUUACUCCGGCCCAUGGGUGAACUCCGAAGUCCUAGCGACUGCCCUUUCUGUCAUCAUUGCGUACACAGCCCUCAGGAGCAAGAGCAAAAUUCUAGCUUAGAUUAUAUAAAUAGUCGUUUUUUUAAUAUAUUAUUAUUUUAAAUUAAAAAAAUUAAUUGAUUAU